GCCACUUGUUGGAAAAUUGUAUAUAUAUGUUAUCAUGCGUUCUCUUUUAGUUUCUAUAUUACUAUAUUACAGUAAAUGAUGUCUCGUUAGAUCUACCGUUAGAUUAGAUCUGCGUACGUGCGUUCGUUGUUCUGCUUUGCUGUUCUUAUGUCCACCACAGAAUACCACAUCAGCCAAGGUGUGAGGUCUUGUCUCGGUCAGCGAGAGACAGCAGCAACGACAUUGUGUCAGCCUUCCUCAAGUGGCUGACUCGGCACCUCACACCCUCAAGAAAUGGAGCGCUGGGAGCGCCCCUGGUCCUUGCUGAUAAGACUGCUUGAACCCAUUGAACUUGAUGAACUCUGUUUGCUCUUUCCUAUGUCGCCACAUUAGCAUAACGUUUGCAGUAAUCUACACACACCAGAAGUUUCCUGCGCUUACCAAAAGCAGAAACCGUUUGCGCUUCCCCCUACCCUUAUUUGGUUUCUGCUACACAUGUGAUGAGGAAAAUUCCCCAAAUAAAGAGAGCAAGGAUGCAGACAGACUUUAGUGUAGGUUGGGCAUUGUAAGCUGUCUGUACUGCACUCCUUGCGCAAGCUACGACUCAAUAUUCUGCCUCACUUGUGGUCUGUCCGUUGGUGCGUUUCUCUUAACAUUUAUUCACUCUGUCUGUAAAAACCUAACAGAAAUUGGGGGCUCGUCCGGGAUUUCUAUACGUCCUUGCGGCUCCGGCGGGACUCCUCGACGCAGGAAAAAUCCUUGGCCAAGGUAAACAAAAGCCCUUUGACGGGACUGCCUCGAGCGGUUCGGCUGGACGCUGGGGGGACUGCCGAAAUCACCCGAGGAAAAGGACCAGCGGACUGAGGACCCCAAAGUGGUUCCGGGAGACUGGGUCUUGAUCAGGAGCAUCAAGAAGAAGAAUUGGCACUCGCCCAAGUGGGAAGGUCCCUUUUUAGUGCUUCUCACAACACCUAACGCUUUAAAAAUAGCCGAACGUAACACGUGGAUUCAUUUGUCACACUGUAAAAAGGUGAUCUCCGCAGACCCAACCUAAGUACGGAAGGUGUGCAAGUCUGGUAAUAGUGCCUGAUUCUGGUGCCAAGAUCCAGGGUUGACACGAAAGCCAGCAGAAGCAUUCCAAGCCACCAACCCGAAGCUCAGGGAGUUGACUCUGAGGAGAUCUAAAACUAGGUGUUAAAAUGCCGUUGGAACAAUGUCUUGCGAAGGUGCGGGAUGGUUGCAAACCUUGGGAAGCAUUCAUUUGGAUUUUUGUCAUUUUUGGUUUCACUGUAGUUGGGACAGUGUGCUAUAUGCGCAUCGGCCCUGUUUUUAUAAAACACACGACUCCAGACAGUUCACCUGGAGUUUCCACUGUUCCUGAUUUACCUGUAGUUUCCGCUGUUUCUGAUUCACCUGAUGUUUUUACUAUUUCUGAUUAUGAGUUUUACAAACUUUGUUCGACGGAUAACGAUCCUAGGCACAGUCGCGAUAGUUCCGUUGGUUCCCGAUAUUGUCCAUGGGAUGAUGUUGCUUCGCGUAGACAUAGGCGUGAGGUCUCGUCCAUUAGGCCCACCUUUAAACACUGCACGCCUGCUCUCGUUCACGACGGUAUUUCCUGCGUGCCAUGGCGCAUAGCCAACGCGUACCUACAUUCAUUGGCGUUCACCGUGGCCCCAAACACGGCUUCCACUAUCACCGUGCCCUUGAAGAGUUUGAAAGGUACCCGACAAGGCUGGCUCACUACGGGUGACAAAUGGCCUGGGUAUUGGUGGUAUUUGACUGUCAAUCCAGACAUUUCGGACUGGAGCGCCUUCAUCACCUCGCAGGUACCAGGUUACUGGCCUCCUGGCUCCAGUGAAGAAGCUGUGUUUUUUGCUAAACGUAUCACUUUGAAGAACCAAGGCUCAAGCCUUCUUUUGACCGUUACACUCCCUGAUGACACGGUUCGGCCCCCUCACGCUACCCUGCUCAAUACUUCCUGUUGGGGUUUUCAGUUGUGGGCUUGGUCCUCUGGGAAGGAUCCUCAGUUUCCUAUUGUCCUUUGCGUUAACAAAACUAUGCGGGGCGCUGACAGUCCCGUGUUGAGCGACUUUUCCAAAACAUCUGGGGCGGUGAUUACGAGCGUGGCCCUCACCGAUGUAGACAGUCACUUUGUGGCCUCCACAGGUAUGAGUGGCCAGACUAACAAUUGGCUCCUCAUGGCCGAGCAAGCUGCUAAUGUGACUAACACCAGUUGCGUUGUGUGUAUGGGCCCACGGCCCCUUUUGAGAAUCAUUCCCGCGAGUGUGGCUCCUGAAUGUGCGAUUUUUGUGAUGUCUACCCCUUCCAUUCCGUCUGCUCAUCCUUGCUCCAGUUGGGACAAGGUCUAUCCCGUUUCCUCCUUGGCAAAGUCCAAACCCCUUUUUUCCACUGAUGUUGCUAAAGGUAAUUUCACGUGCAUCAAGUUGCCCGGUACCGGCGCAAGCCUAGGCGUUUUGUCAGCUCCUUUGUGCACUUCCCUGUUCUAUGGCGCUGCCUUUUUCUCACCCAUCGCUCGUAGUGAUAUUUGGUUUUGGUGCAACACUGACACACUUUAUGAUAGUCUCCCUUUUAAUAGCUCUGGUACUUGCGCUUUGGUGACCCUUUUGCUUCCCGUUUUAUUAAUGCCCGCAUCUACUCAUGAGCUAGACGUUUUUAUUGAUUCUUUUGUGCCCCGACCCUGGUCGAGGGCUAAGCGGAGUGCCGAGUGGCAAGGCGCGGCGGAUCCGACCUAUAUAGAUGCCAUUGGAGUUCCCAGAGGAGUGCCGGAUGAGUAUAAGCUGGUGAUUUUUUCUGCUGUUUUGACCUUGUGUGGAUGUUGUUGCAUUCCGUGUCUCCGGUCCCUAAUUAAUAAAUUGAUUACGACCGCUAUCUCUCCGCCGGCUGACGCUUUUCCGUUGCUCCCUGAGGACGACUUUGAGCUCCCACGGCCCCCGAGUUGUCAUCUUCGCAUUGACUCCAUUGAUGAGGCCCCCGCUGUGGACCUGUCCGACCUUUUUCCUGAGUCCGACGUUGUCUGAUUGGCUUCGGUCGCCUCCCGGGUGUAAAUUUGUUCUUAUGACGUAUGAUCCUGCGGCUGAAAAUCUUUUGAAGUAGCCUUUGGGUGAUUUGAGGGUCUCUGAGAACUUAUGAUAAACAGGGGGGAAUUGUUGGAAAAUUGUAUAUAUAUGUUAUCAUGCGUUCUCUUUUAGUUUCUAUAUUACUAUAUUACAGUAAAUGAUGUCUCGUUAGAUCUACCGUUAGAUUAGAUCUGCGUACGUGCGUUCGUUGUUCUGCUUUGCUGUUCUUAUGUCCACCACAGAAUACCACAUCAGCCAAGGUGUGAGGUCUUGUCUCGGUCAGCGAGAGACAGCAGCAACGACAUUGUGUCAGCCUUCCUCAAGUGGCUGACUCGGCACCUCACACCCUCAAGAAAUGGAGCGCUGGGAGCGCCCCUGGUCCUUGCUGAUAAGACUGCUUGAACCCAUUGAACUUGAUGAACUCUGUUUGCUCUUUCCUAUGUCGCCACAUUAGCAUAACGUUUGCAGUAAUCUACACACACCAGAAGUUUCCUGCGCUUACCAAAAGCAGAAACCGUUUGCGCUUCCCCCUACCCUUAUUUGGUUUCUGCUACACAUGUGAUGAGGAAAAUUCCCCAAAUAAAGAGAGCAAGGAUGCAGACAGACUUUAGUGUAGGUUGGGCAUUGUAAGCUGUCUGUACUGCACUCCUUGCGCAAGCUACGACUCAA